UAAUCCAAUGUACAAACGGAAUUAUCAAUCACUUAACGCGAUCAAACGUUCGCAAAACAAAGAAUUGCCGCUGUUGCUUCAUGUGUGGUACCAUAAGAAAUAUAAUAGAGUGGAAACUUCGUAACACAGAGACCGACUUUGCCGUUUUAGAACGCAUAAGGCAACGAUUUGGUUACAAAAAUGAAAAUGACAAGGUUAUCUGCAUGCCGUGUAGAGUAGGAUUUCUUAAUCUGCAUCGAAUUCAUUCUGCAGUGAGAAAAACAGAGAAAAAGCAUAUUUAUUGUACAAACGCACUUUACGAGCCGCAAGCAAGUGACGUCCAUUCAGCAACACAUGAGGGAGACGAAAUUGGUUCCAAUUUAAAAAAUGAACGAAUUUCGGAUAUCCAUCCUGCUAACGAUACCAAAACUAAAAAAGAAGUCAAAUGUAGUACACUAAUAAAAAAUAGCAAAGUUACCCCCGGAGAAGAAACGGUUAUGGGUAAGAACUCAUGGGCGGACAGCAAAUUGGCGCACUUGACUCCUGCUCUCACUUUAAAUAAGGAGCAAUUUGAUUUUAUUGGAAACGAAGCAUUUAAAAUUCCAGACGAAGCUGAAAAGACGUUUAAAGUAGUUGACGUAGAGAACCAACACAAGACUCAAUGUGUAGAAAAUGAUCGUGAACGUGACAAAAAUCAUCUACAGGAGAAAGUGAUACCAUCCCCUGUAACUCCAAGGAAAGGUUGCCUCAAAGCUUUAAAUGCUAAUUCUGCGUAUGCGAAUCUUUCUAAAGUUGGUGAAUCGCCAAAGAGCGUGACCUGGGACGAAUCCUGUAACCGGAUAUAUUUUUAUCAUCCAGAGCCAAGUGCAAGCAUGCCUCCAAUAGGCCUUGAGGAGGUAGAUUCUCUAGAAGACUCUUACACUGACUAUGACGCGGAGGAAUCGGAUACCUCUUAUGAGUUAAGCAGCUCUGAAGAAGAAUUUUAUUCCUCGAUUGCCGGCAAAGAUAAUAGAAAUGCAAGAAUGCUCAGUAACGAAUAUAAAUCAAAAAGUAAAGGUACACAUGGACAUGGGGCUGUUCUUAACCAACCAAUGAUAACGUCUCAUAAAUGUUGUACAGAAACGUGCCAUUUAUCUAAUACCAAUGAAGCUAAUUUUGUCACGUGGCUCAGGAAUGUGACUGAAGUAUGGAAGGAUAUAAAGAAUUGUUCAUGUUCGCAUAACCAAGGCGGCGUAAGAUGCAUUCAGGAACCGAAUGCUGCAGGAGUUUCUGACGAUGAUGUGACCUCAAAGUACAGAACUCAUGGAUCGAAAAAACACUUUCAUAGGUCGAAAAAACACAUAAGCUUGUCAAGGAAGCAAUCACAAACAGAUUUAGUUCUUUUAAAGGACCAAUCUUGCAACACUGACAUAAACAUCUGUUCAGACGGGGACCAUUAUCAAAUGACUGGUGAUAUUGACAAUGAGAAAUAUGUUAAAACUCCUUUAGUUAAAAGCACUCCCAACUUGUGCAGUGCCACUUACUACUAUAUAAAAGCAAAUGCAAGGGAGUCUUACAAGAAAAAUGUCCCUCUAACUCAACCAGAUCCUGUACACUCUGCAGCAAGUUUCGAUCUUCCGAAGACAAAGCAUGUUGCUGACACCGAUAGUACGCGAACUGAAUUAAACUGUACCCAAACAUCCACAAACCAACAUCCAAAGAUUAAAGAGCCUUUGCUAACAACUAUCUUCAGUCGUUCUGGGAAAGGAACUCACAGGGAUCGACAAAAUGGUGACCUAAAAAAUCAACUGCCUUCCGAAAUUCCUUUGGAGCCAGGAUUAAAUAAAGAAGUUAAAAAAAUCUCCCCACAAAGUACACAGUUAGAUGGUGCAGGUUAUUCACUAAUUUCGAAAAGCAGUACAACUGAAGCAAGGUGUAAGUCUAUGACUCAGCAAGGGAAAAUCAAAACCAGUGGCAACAAUGAAACCCAAUGUAAUGUUGAGAACUCAAACCGCCAUACAAUGAACGAAUAUGAGGAUCUUGCCCCACUUCUUGAUUCAAACGAUCAAAGAGUUGAAGCUCGAACGAUUCCUGCGGGUGCUUUUAAGAAGAAAACACAAGAACGGGAUCGUGAUCGUCAUGCAAAAGGCGAUAUUGACAUACAUCAGAAAUUGGAAAGCCUUAAAUGCAAACUAGCACAUCCCAAAAAUGAGGGUUCAACAAUUCAAGGAGGUUGUGAAAUGGCACAAGAUACUGGUCGUGAGAUGGAAAUGGCAAAUGUAAAAGAAGGCGACGUGGAUACUAUAUCAUCUGAUUCAAAUGAUCCAAAACACAAAGCUCAAAAAUUAUUUGAAGCCAUAAUAAAGAGGGGUAUUCCUGAAAAUGUAGAAGAAGAAGAGACCAGCUGUGAAGUUUACUUGAAAGAGCUGUUAGCAGAAAGCCUGUCAGAGAAAGCGUCAAAUAACAAACAUCAUGUAACUGAGGCUGAACCGAUAGGCGAGGUUAAAGAUGACAGCCCAACUUACGCAAGCGACACAAGUUGCGAUGUUUCAUUGGAACACGAAGCUAUGCCAAACAAAAUGGAGGAAGAUAACCAGGAUGACCUGAACGCAAAGGCUCUAUCAAUCAUUUCCUUGUUGAAUAAAAUCCGGUCUUCAUCUGAUGUGGUUGUGGGCGAGUCAGGUGUGGGCGAGCCUGAUGGUAACGAAAACACAAAUAUUGAAAACACCAUUCAAACGUUAUUUUCGAUGGUGUCCCAAAUGCAAGCUUCCAAUAACUCCAAUGAGGAAGAAGAAUACAUGUCUCAAACAGAAGAGUAUUCUCAGGGGGAUGAUGAUUGCACAGCAUCUCAAUGCAGCGACAUGGAUCGCAGUGACGAUUUAGUAUUCCCUCACCAAGCGGGUUUUCCAAAAGGUCCCAAACGUCAAUGAUCCAGUAAAAAAUGAAUGAAAAAAUCGGGCUACAAGGCUCGACUGAAAAUUUAUACCUA